AUGGUGAAUCAAACUGAUUCGGUUAUCAUCGGCGUCUCCGUCGGUUUGGCAGCUGGAAUUUUGCUAUCACUCUGCAUCUUGAUCACCAUAAGAUGCUUCCUCAAGCGUUCGCUCAAGCAGAAAAGCAGUGAAGAGCGAAGUGCAUCGACCCUCCCGAUACGAAUCAAUGACAUACUUGCAAGCAUGGACUCGAGCGUGUCGAUGGCCUCAAGCACUGAGCCCUCCCAUGCCAUGCCGCCAUCUGUCAAAAGAGGCAUUCCCCGGCCUAAGAAGGUGGCUCACAGUGACAUAUUCGCUUCUGCCUCGGGCAUUCCGAGAUACUUAUACAAGUACGUGUCUGUAGGUGUUCUUCCCUUUGCAUUAGUUUCUGUAUCAAAAUUGAAGGAUAAUCUGGUGUUAUGAUUUUGAUGAAUACUUCUCUAUGCCUUCUACUGAACUACACUACACGUGGUUGAUAUACUUUCUGAAGAUUUACGCUUAAGAAAGCUUGCAUUGGGGUAAGAAGGCUCCCUGCAGAGAAGAAGAAAUCCAUCUAGGAGAGAUAUGCUCUUGUGCUCUUUCUUUUUUUAGCAUUAUUUUGGUAAAUAAUUGAAACCCACCCGCUCAAUUUACUGUAAAAUUUUCAAGUUACAUUCAAUCAACAAACUUCACUGCUGUAGGUAAAGUCAGAGAAAUACUCUACAUUAUGAACUGUAGGAUCCUGGUCUCAACCACACAUGGAUAGGCGAAUCAUGCUGCGAAGUUCUUUGCAUCCUGCCAUCUUCUUGAACUUUUUUCUGGGGAAUCAAGUGCAACUGUCCCCCUUCUUUCAUCUAUAUUUAAUCCAAAUUUAUCCUACGAAUUAUUAUUUUUAUUUGAGUUCGACAUUGUGUGGGUGAGCAUCAUCCUUUUAUAUACCACACAAUUGAUACCUGCGUCAAAUUCACGUGCAUUGAACCUGAUGUGUCUUAUCUAUGGUUUAUGUUCCAGGGACAUCGAGAAGGCAACACACAAUUUCACGACUAUUUUAGGGCAGGGAUCUUUUGGACCGGUCUAUAAAGCCGAAAUGUCCAAUGGAGCAGUGGUAGCUGUGAAGGUACUUGCCUCUAAUUCCAGGCAAGGAGAGAAGGAGUUCCAGACAGAGGUAAUUGUUCUCCAUUUGCAAAUCCUCAAGACACUACAUUAUGUGAACUCCUUUCCCCAUAUAGAUGUCUUGUCUUCUGUAUGAUGAUGGGCUUUACUCCCCUUAGGUUUAUCUUGAUUGAUAUCGUUGUCUGGCAUAUCGAUACUGUGUUAAGAUGUUCCCCAUUAAAUGCCAGUAUGAGAGCGUCUAUGAUAAAGCAUCCAUUGUGUUGACUGAUGAUACAAGGAUUGAGAUAUUGAUGAGCUCCGAUAUAACAAACAUAAUAAAGACUUGAAAGUUUGAUCUCUCUCAUCACUGAGCUUUCAGAUUUAUAAACUUGGGAGGUAACUGGAAUACACUAAUUUACCAUGUAUGAUCUCAGGAACAGAAGCUGAGGUAACUGAUGGUGGUGGUGAGAGUCGAGAGUUGACUGUCUUCGUUAUUCGAACCACCAAAUCCAGAAGAACUAUAUGGUCGUCUAUCUUUCCAUUAGUGGUUUUAUUUCCGACGGUUAUCUUGCUUGAUAUAUCAUCCAGUGGUUUAUCAUUGACAUUGUGUCCACGAGAUUUGGUGACUCAUCAUAUGCCUCGUAGGCAAAAAGCUAGUUUGAGACCAUAGUAUUUGUUCUGACUGACGUUAUUCUGAUGAACAAAACUUCCGCCUUCUUCCCUGUAUCGUUUUAUUCUUGUUCAUUCCAUACUAACUGUGCAAUCUACAGAAACUCUCAACUUAUGGGUGACUUUUUUCGCUAAGUAUUUUCGCAUAAUUGUCACAGGUACUUCUGCUCAGUAGACUUCAUCACCGGAAUCUUGUGAAUCUGGUUGGAUACUGUGUGGAGAGAGGCCAGCACAUGCUCGUCUAUGAAUUCAUGAGCAAUGGAAGUUUGGCAAACCAUCUGUAUGGUAAUGAUCAGUUGGAACCAUCUCAAGUUGUUAGAAUUAUGCAUGAUAUUUGGUUUACCAUCAAAGAUAAAAAAAUAAAAAUCCUCUUGCGGCAUCUUGAAAAUCAUCAUAUUUUAAUGAGUUAUAUGAGAGACUAAACUUGGACCAUUUGGGACAUCAACAAAUUCGAUUUGAAAAUGCUUCAUGCUAGCCGUCCUAACUUUAACUUCUUUGAGGGGCCCACAUUUAGAACUCUACAGGGAUCUUUGGACCGCGGCCAGAUUGAAUAUCAAUCCAUUUCCCUACAUCUCCCUGUGCAUCCGUCGGUUUUUUACCCUUCAUCUAUCCGUCAUUGGAAAUUUGCUUCAGUAUUUUGAGCAUCUGCUUCUUUUUGCCAUCAGUUGAAGGUGUGCGCAGUUUGAGCUGGGAGGAAAGGCUCAAUAUUGCGCUUGAUAUUUCUCAGGGCAUCGAAUAUCUUCACGAAGGGGUAAAUAUUAAUGAAGUAAUGCCAGACUCCAUUCUUUGUUCCUCUAUGUUUAUGGUAUAGCUAACUCUCACUCCUGAACAGGCGGUCCCACCUAUAAUACACCGAGAUCUAAAGUCUGCCAACAUACUCCUUGAUGCCUCUCUGACUGCAAAGGUGAGAAUCCAAGGCGUGAAAGCUGUGAAAAUGAAUAAAAAUAUGGCAUAAAGAAGGAAAAAAUAUUGUACAGAAGUUGAUGUCAGAGUGUGUUCUUAUAUGUCGAAUUUAUGGUUACAGCGUCGAAAGUAUUGAGCCAUCCAAGUCAAAAUUAAUCAGAAAUGAGUCGAGUAAACCCAUCCAUCUACACGAUCACAAGAUUUUAUUUUCUUUUUUCACGUGUGGUUUCAUAUUACUAUACAUCUCCUCACAUCCAAGUCGACUUCUAAACUGCGUACAGUGAAAUGGCAUGAGUACAACUCGGAAGCCAAACAUGGGCUCUAAGAUCUUUGAAGUGUUGUGUCAUCUAACUGAAAAACCAUUGGCAAUGAUCAAAGUUAGCCUAUCUAUAUAAUCUGCAGAUAAUAUAUAUUUUUCUUUUGCAAGCCAGGACUGUUCUAACAUUCAAAAGUAACUGAGAGUCCUUUUGGUUAGCAUAAAUUUCGUACGAUAAAUCUUCUGCUUUUAGCGGAUGGAAUCUGCCAUGAAAUCUCAGUUAAUUCAUGGAGUCGAUUCUCUGAACAGGUCGCAGAUUUUGGGCUGUCCAAGGAAGAAAUGGCCCUCGACAGGAGGAGCUCGGGCCUGAAAGGCACUUACGGUUACAUGGACCCUAACUAUGUGUCGACCAACAUGAUCACCACGAAGAGCGACAUCUACAGUUUCGGCAUCAUAAUGUUUGAGCUCAUAACGGCCAUCAACCCCCAGCAAGGUCUCAUGGAGUACAUCAAUCUGGUGAGUCCGUGGAUCCAAGUAUGAUAGAAAUGACAUUGUUUUCAUCUGGGCGUGCCCAUCUUACUUCUUUCUACCCCCCCCUAGUUGAUGAGAUCGGUUUAUUUAAUUUGCUUAUCUUCACUGAUCCGAAGCAAGUGUGCACCAAUUUAUUUUAUUUUUACAUUGGUUUUCGCUCUGUUACCCUUGUUGAUGAGAUCAGUUUGAUUAUGUCCACUUGACAUAUUUAUUUGUAUAUGGACCCCAGCGUAAUAUAUCUACAGCAGUCGCAUUUAAUUCAUCUGGGUGCUCCAACUCGAUUUUAUUUUUUUCAUGGGUAUCUCGCCCAGUUAUAAUAUUUUAUAAGAUCAUAUUAUCUUCAUUUAACAUAUUCAGGCCGUCACCGGCGGAGAUGGAAAAGCCGACUGGGAUGAGAUACUGGACAAGAGGCUUGUGGGGGACUGCGACAUGGAAGAGGUCCAACUCCUCGCCGACAUCGCUUACAAGUGCCUGCAGACGAUACCGAGGCGGCGGCCGUCGAUUUCAGAGAUCACCGAGGCCAUCUUGAGGAUCAAGGUGAGGCGGCGCCGCCUUGCCAGUGGCCAGAACGGCUCCUCUUCUUUUCCGGCGGAGGAUGGGCCCUCCAUUCUGGAGAGAAUACAGGCCCAGCAGAUUGAGCUGAGUAAGAUGACCAGCGAAAGAGGUCGCUCUCGCCGUACCAUCUCACCACCGGUAGAGAUGGCGGCGUGUACAUAG